AUGGAGAGCAACGACUCACAAGUGAUAUUGCUUGGAACGUUCGAAGCUGCGUACAGCUGGCGGGCGCUCGCAUUCAGCGUCCUCCUGCUGAUCUUCGUUAUCACCAUCCUAUCCAGCCUGCUGGUGCUUGGCACAGUGACCGUCUCCAAGGAGUUGCACAGGCCCAUGUACGCGUUCAUGUGCAACCUGAUACUGGUUGACAUCAUCGGCUGCACGGCCAGCUUGCCCCAACAGCUGGGCAUUUUCCUAACGGGCGACAACCGAAUAUCGCGCGCGUCCUGCAUCACGCAGAUGUUUUGGAUCAACGUCUUCGGCAUUGUGGAGUCUCUCACUUUGACUGCAAUGGCAUUGGACCGUUACGUGGCCGUCUGCUACCCGUUGCACUAUCACACCGUCGUGACCGCGAAACGAACGAUGAUCGUCGUAGCUACCGUUUGGGUCAUCGCGAUAGCGGAACUGUUACCGUUGACGAUUCUUGUCAUGCAAUUGACGUUGAAAGACGCCAACAGGGAUAUGCCGGGCAUUUUUUGCGAUUACUUAGGAUUCGCUCGCCUAUCCAUCAAUGACACACGAGUUCAAGAAACGUACAGCUCGGUGAUGAUGGUGGUGCUCUUUGGGCUACCUCUGUGUUUAAUUGCCUACACCUACGUGAUGAUCCUCUAUGAGUUCAAACGUACACAGCUGAGCGAUUCCAAGAUGAAAGCCCUGCACACCUUUCUGACUCAUGUCUUCUUGCUUGCCGCUUUUUUCAUCGCAGUCUUCAUAACUAUACUCGUGCCGCGUAUAGUCAAGGAUUUUCAAACCGUUCAAGCAAGAAAUAUCCGUUGUCUUUCUCAAAUCAUAACGUUCUUCGUCCCAAUAGCGAACAUCAGCAUCUACUUCGUCAGAACCAAGGAGUUGAGAAAGGAGGCAAAUAUGUGUUUUAAGAAAGUUGUUAUGACAAUUUCCAGAAGUUCAAGACAUCACAAGGUGUGUGCUUCAGGGAGUAAACGUUCAUAUGCAAACCAAAAAAAUGUACCAAUGUGA